AUGCGGCUGCUCCUGCGGGGCGCGGCGGCGCGGUGGGCUGCCCUGCGACUCUUUGGAGGCGUUUUCCGGAGCGCUCGGGGGCCCCUGUGGCGGCUGGGGCUGGGGCUGGGGCUGGCGGCGACCGCCGUAGCCGUAGCCGGGCCGGACGGGGGCAGCGAGGAACGGCCGCCCGGGGAACCGGGCUUCCAGCGGGCCGUCGCCCGGAGCAGAGACCUCCUCCAGCGGCUAAAGGACGAAGUGGGGGCCCCCGGCGUGGUGGUCGGCGUGUCCGUGGACGGGAGAGAGGUCUGGGCGGAAGGUAUAGGUUACGCUGACUUGGAAAACCGUGUCCUCUGCGGUCCGGAGACCGUCCUACGAAUUGCCAGCAUUAGCAAAUCUCUGACCAUGGUUGCUGUUGCAAAGCUAUGGGAAGAAGGGAAGCUGGAUUUAGAUGCUGCUGUGCAGAAGUAUGUUCCAGAAUUUCCUGAAAAAGAAUAUGAAGGUGAAAAGGUCACUAUUAGCACAAGGCUGCUUGUGUCACAUUUAAGUGGUAUCCGCCACUAUGAGAAAGAUAUUUCUAAAGUCAAAGAAGAAAAAGAAAAGGCCAACAGAAAAGCCGCAAGAACAGCAGCUUCUGCAGCAAAAGAGAAAGAAAACAAAGAGACUGAAAAGAGGGACUUGAUUAAAGGCAAGCCGGAACAGGAAGGCAAAAAUUCAAAAAGUGGAAGGAAGAAAAGGGAGUUUGAGCAUGAAGAAUAUUAUUUGAAGGACAAAUUUGAGCAUGUGAUUGACUCACUGAAUAUCUUUCAAAAUGAUCCUUUAUUCUUUAAACCAGGUAGUCAGUUUUUGUAUUCGACCCACGGGUUUACUCUCCUGAGCGCUGUCGUGGAGGGAGCUUCAAAUCAGAAAUUCACGGACUACAUGCUGAAAAUAUUUAGUGACUUGGGUAUGGGAUCCACGGGGUUGGAUGAGAAUGAGCCUCUGAUAUACAACAGAGCAAGGUAUUACAUUCACAACAAAAAAGGUCAUCUCAUCAACGCCCCUUACGUGGAUAACUCUUACAAGUGGGCAGGUGGUGGCUUUGUGUCCACUGUGGGCGAUCUUCUCAGAUUUGGAAAUGCCAUGCUCUACGGUUACCAGCUUGGGCAGGUGAAAAACCUGGCUGCUGGAUUUCUUCCUGGUUAUCUCAAGCCUGACACGAUAGCAAUGAUGUGGACCACAGUCCCACAGUCCCAAGAUUAUGCCUAUGGAAUGGCCUGGUUCAUUGUAGAGAAGAAGCAGGAAUGUGGCCACUGCAAAGAGCAGCAACACUACACCUUCCACACUGGCGGGGCAGUAGGAGCAAGUAGCGUUCUACUCAUUCUUCCUGAAGAAUUGAACUCUGGGAUUGCCAAUAGUAGCUGCCUGGUCCCACCCCAUGGUGUGGUCGUCACAGUUAUUUGUAACAUGCAGUCUGUUCACCUUGAUGGCAUUGCCUUAAAAAUUGCAAAGGAAUUUGAAAAGGACAGGUUAGUACAAUGCUCUGAUCAAAGGUUGGAGAGGAAAUGUGGAAGGCUUGAGUGAUUACAAGCAUCUGUAGCCCAGGAGUUGUCUCUCCCUUGCUUUUUAAGCAGAUAGCACAGCAUUAGGUUUGAUCAUUCAUGGGACAAGCGAUCCUUCAUUGAAGGAACAGGAAUGUACAGUUUUUCUGAUUCAAAUAGCCAAAGACAUUAGCCAAACGCAGGUGCCAAUUGGACGAUUCACCUUCUCUUACUUUUCUGCAAAUUGUGAUGCACAGAAUGUGGAGCAGAGAGUCUUCAAUUUCAGAAUGGGGAUGGAAAGUUUUACACUGCAGUGAAGACUCUUGGAGAAUUGCAGUCAUGGACAGAGAGAGCAUCUCAUCUGGCAGGAUUCUAGUCCUGCUGUGUCUCGAUGGGCCUUUGCAAGGGUGAUCCAACGUAGAAGAUAGCUUCAACCAAACAGUGAAUCCUUUCCCUCAUGGCUGGGGAAGGCUACUGACGGAGGCUACUCUAGCAAUAUGCAUAAUUGAUGCAGAAAAUCACAUUGCCAAUACCAUGGAAUCAUUUGUCCAUGAUCAAGCCUCGGAUCAGGUGCUAGCAUUACAAUUGUGCUUGGUGGGCUACUGUUUUAUUAUUAAUCUGCUGCCAACCUGGGCAGCAGAUUGCCAUUAUGUGACUAUAAUAUUUGAUUCCCUUUUCUCAAAAACAGAAGAUGAAAAUGAGUGUCUUAAAACUUUUCAGUGCUGUUUACAAAGGCUGCAAUUUUAUAUGUGUUAAGCUCUGUUAAGUAAAAGGGGACUGCUGAGCAGACAUGUAAAUGCAAGCUAAAGACCUUUAUCUGGGAAUGUUUUAAAUCAAACUCUGCAUUUUCAAAUCAAUAUUCAAGCUGUACCUAGAAACCUCUCAUACAGGUGUUGUUUCAGAAACUCUGUCCCAGAAUGUCCCUGGAAAUUUAAGUGUCCAUUAUACCUUUUCUGUUUUAUUAAACCUGUCAGCAAUUUCUCUGGUAGGUUAAUAUUUUUUGGGGAGUUAGGAAAACUAAUCAACAUGCUGCUGUUCCUGGCUGGUGAAUUUUUCUCUGAAAAUUUUCUCAGCUUUUUAGUAAAGGUUGAGAUCCAUCCCCUUUUAAACUGUCUUUAAAAGAAGACACAACCUUGAACUUGCAUAAAUGUUAGAUUUACAAUAAAGAUUCAGAUUAAAAUUAAAGGGAUGGUGUUUAAACUCUUCAGGAACCAGUGCAGAGAAGGUAGAUUUUGAAGAGGAUGAUCCAUUUUCCUUCUUUUCUUCCAUAAUGGAUGGUUAAUCAGAAACACAUUCCAUUCCGACUUUGAAAUAUGGAAUGAUCUACUAGUGUAAUUGGUUUAAGUGCCAAAUAUUGUCCCAUGUCUUGCUUUUAAAAAGCUGAACACGAAUGAUAGUUAAACCCCAUUUGAUCUGGGGGUCCACCAACUGCUUAAGCUAGCUGCUGAUAAUGUAAAAUUGUAUUUAGAAUUUAGAACCUGAUUACCUUUUGUAUCCCUUAAUCAAUAAACACUUUAUAAUGUUUGCACUGU